UCCUUGCCCCCCCUCCCCGGUCCCUCCCUGCUCGAGGAGUCGCGGCGGCGGCGGCCGCGGCGGCGGCGGCGGCGGCGGCAGCAGCAGCAGCAGUGGGGGGUCAGCAGCUCGGCCGGCGGCGCGGCUCGAGCGUGCCGACGCUGGGACUGGGACUCCGCGCGAGGAGCGCGCGCGCGCCCGCCCGCAGGGGGGGGGGGCCGCCGAGGCAUGGACGCCUACCGGCGCGGGCCGCCUCCCGACCUGGUCGCGGCCAUGCCCGACGGCACCGAGGAGAAGCUCCGAGGCAUGCGGUGCACCGCGGACCAGCGGAAGAACCUGAUGCGUGCUGCCAAGCUCGGGCUGGGACCCCUGAAGCAGCUCGGGAUCAGCUCGAGCCCUCUGGCCGGGCCCUCCAGGUCCCGAUCACCCAGACGGCAGCCAGUCCUCGCGGUCGCAGGCGGCAGCUCGUCGUCCCGUGCGGCGGUGCCGCCCGCCCUGCCGGGCGCAGGACUCGGACGGUCCGCGCUGAAGGCCCAGGCCGACGAGGACGACGACGAGGAGCCUCUGGCGCGCCCUCGCGCGCGCGGGGGGCUCCCCUGGCUGGCGGCCGCCGCCGCCGCCGCCCGCCCACGCCGCGCUGCCUAGCGCCGAGGGCCGGCCAGCGGCCGGCUGUGGAGGGCCGUGGGCUGGGCUGGCCUGUCGGGGGCAAGGAUGGGUCGGGGGCAAGGAUGGGGCAAGGAUGGGGCGCAUUGACCCCCAGCCGCCCCUUGAUCGCCGAUGGGGGCCCGAUGGCCCCAGCCUGCC